AAUCUGUUAUAUGUACUACAACGUAGCAUGACAUAGAAAGAACUUGUAACCAUCAUUUUACAUUAGUUGCAAGGCGCGUGCAGUCAGAUACUCUGUAUCAUCAUAACUUUGUUUUCGAGAGAAAUAUUUUCUUUAAUCAUCGUAGAGAGAACAUCCCGGGUGUACAAUGUUGCGAGUCGUGAGUGUUGUUGUUGUAUUAUUUCUGAUAAGCGAAGCAAAAAAGCUUGAGGCAGGACCGAGUAGUGAACAAUGGAAGGAAUUUCAAGACUUUAUGGAGUGGAAGCGAGAGAAGCAGCAGCGCGAGUAUGAUACAAACGAAUACACGAUGCAAGUUGGUGCGAUUAGAUUCGAUCGAAAUGCACAAAGGAAUCAUAACCGAGAUGUACCAGAUCCACCGCCAGUCGAUCAGGCGGCAUUAAUGGCCAGAUACGUCGUUAAUCAAGCUGAUUGGGCGUCCGUAGCAACGAUAAGCACACGAAAAGACACCCAAACGUUUCCCGUAGCAAAUUUAAUUUCUUUUAGCGAUGGGCUUAUCGGAAGUGGAUCUGGAAUCCCAUAUAUGUACCUCACUCCUCUUGAUUAUACUGCUCAAGAUCUCGCUAAGGACCAUCGGGCAUCUCUUUUAAUGACGCUGGCGCAAGGCAGCUAUUGUAAAGAUAAACAAUGGGACCCAAUGGAUCCGCGGUGUGCUAGAAUUAUCCUGACUGGAAAGAUUAAAGCACUAAACGACACGAGUGCAGAGUACCAAUUUGCAAAACAAGCGGUAUUCGGUCGUCAUCCACAUUUGGAAAAAAUGCCUGCAGAUCAUCGAUUUUUUUUCGCCAAGUUGAAGAUAUUAGCGAUUGCUUUAUUAGACACCUUUGGUGGACCGACUUACAUUAACGUGAAGGAUUAUUUGCAUCCACCAGUGGAUAAUAUUGCGGAAGAAUUACAACGUUUUUUAACGAAACGGGCGUCUCAAGAGAAUUUUAAUGUCGCCUUAAACCUCCCAAUUUAUGAAGCUCGUAGAACAUAGAAUUGUACAUAUAUAUAGAUACAUACUGUAAAAAUCGAAAAAGUUGCAUAAAAAAUUUCAUGUUGCAUUUGUAUCGCGAGCGUGAAAGACCUAUAUAAUAUACAAAUAUAUACUGUACAAAAUAAAAAGAAAACAAUAUUCAAUGUA